CUCUUUAUGUACUCAACCAGCCCGCGGGGAGAGGUGAGAGACAACCAGGAGCAGCCGAUGAUCGGAGAGAACAGCGGCCACAGCGCAGCGGCAGGCAUCCGGGACAGUGAUAACUCAGAGAGAGCGCUGUUUACUGUCAUCUGAGAUCUGGCUCCGGACCAGCGGUGAGGCAUGGGCUGCGCUCCCAGCAUCCACGUCUCCCAGAGCGGCGUGAUCUACUGCCGAGACUCGGACGAGUCCAACUCUCCGCACCAGACCACCACUAUAUCCCAGGGCACCGCGGCCACCCUCCAUGGGCUGUUCAUCAAGACGGACGCGGCCGACACCAUCCCCUCGGUAAUCACUUACCAGACCAGGCAGUCCCGGAACAAAUCUCACGGAGAGAGGAGAGAGAACAGCGGGGGACACAUCUGCAUCGAGGCCGAGACACAGACCAGUCACACCAGUGGCAAGGUAUCAGCCACAGAAGAGUGUGUAGGACCUAUGAGACUGACCCAAGAACCUAUUCAGGUCCUGCUGGUGUUUGCGAAGGAGGAUGGUCAGAGCGAUGCCUUCUGGUGGGCGUGUGACCGGGCGGGUUUCAGGUGUAACAUUGCCCGAACGCCCGAGUCCGCUGUCGAAUGUUUCCUGGACAAGAACCACGAGAUCGUGGUCAUUGAUGGACGCCACUCAAAAUACUUUGAGGCAGAGGCUGUCUGCCGGUUGGUCCGUGCCACAAAGCCCUCAGAACACACAGUCCUUCUGGCCAUUGUGCCACAGACGCCUUUAGAUCAGGAGGAGCCGUCUGUUCGUCCUCUCCUCUGUGCUGGAUUCAGCAGAAGGUAUGUGGAGAACAUUAGUGUCUCUGCCUGCUAUAACGAAUUGCUCCAGAUAGAACAUGGAGAGGUGCGCUGCCAGUUCAAACUCAGGGCGUGUAACUCAGUCUUCACUGCUCUGGACCACUGUCAGGAGGCUGUGGAGAUCACCAGUGAAGACCAUGUGAUACAGUACGUGAACCCAGCGUUUGAGCACAUGAUGGGAUACCACAAAGGAGAGUUAAUAGGGAAAGAGCUGACAGAACUCCCCAAGAGUGACAAGAACCGAGCAGAUCUUCUAGACACCAUCAACACCUGCAUCAAGAAAGGAAAGGAGUGGCAAGGGAUCUACUACGCCAGGAGGAAGUCAGGUGACAGCAUACAGCAGCACGUCAAGAUUACGCCUGUGAUUGGCCAGGGAGGUAAAAUCCGCCAUUUUGUCUCCAUCAAGAGGCCCCACAGUGACAACAACAAACAGGUCCAUAAGAUCAACAGAGAUGGAGACCAUUCCCAGUUAGAAAGCCAUUCCCUGCGUCACAGAGACAGGAGGAAAGAGUCUGUUGAUGCCCGGUCAAUCAGCUCACGUAGCAGUGAUGCUCCCAGUCUGCAGAACCGGAGGUACUCCUCUGUAGCCAGGAUCCACUCUAUGACCAUAGAGGCCCCCAUCACCAAGGUGAUCAACAUCAUCAACGCGGCCCAGGAGUCCAGUCCGGUUUCGGUAGCGGAUGCACUGGACCGGGUCCUGGAGAUCCUGAGGACCACAGAGCUCUACUCUCCUCAGCUGGCCUCUAAGGAAGACGACCCACACACCAACGACCUCGUCGGGGGGCUCAUGAGUGAUGGCUUACGGAGCCUGUCUGGGAACGAGUAUGUCUUCUCCAAAAGUACCCUUCCAAAUAUGAGUCAGCUGGCCAUCCCAGUAACGCUGAAUGACAUCCCUCCGGCCAUUGCUGAGAUGCUGGACGACGAGGACCAAUGGGACUUUAACAUCCUAGAGCUGGAGGCUGCCACCUGUAUGAGACCUUUGACCUACCUGGGCUUGAAGAUCUUUGCUCGCUUCAGUGUGUGUGAGUUCCUGAGCUGCAGUGAGGCUACGCUACGCUGCUGGCUGCAGGUCAUAGAGGCUAACUACCACGCCUCCAACUCCUACCACAACUCCACCCACGCCGCUGACGUCCUACACGCUACUGCCUACUUCCUACGCAAGGAGAAGGUCAAGGGCAGUCUAGACCAGCUGGACGAGGUGGCUGCGUUGAUCGCGGCGACGGUCCAUGAUGUGGACCACCCAGGGAGGACCAACAGCUUCCUGUGUAAUGCAGGAAGUGAGCUGGCCAUCCUGUAUAACGACACUGCAGUGUUGGAGAGUCACCAUGCCGCCCUCGCCUUCCAACUCACCGUCAGGGAUAUCAAGAGCAACAUCUUCAAAAACAUCGACAGGACUCAGUUCAGGACGUUGAGGCAGGCAAUCAUAGACAUGGUGCUGGCUACAGAGAUGACCCGUCAUUUUGAACACGUCAACAAGUUUGCCAACAGCAUCAACAAACCAAUGGCUGCCAUCGAGGAGUCCAGUUCAAAUAGUGAAGGCAGUGACAACGAGGGUCCAGCCAGCAUCAGGAACAGCCCAGAGAACCGGCUGCUGAUCAAGAGGAUGAUGAUAAAGUGUGCUGAUGUGGCCAACCCCUGUAGACCUCUGGAGCUCUGCAUAGAAUGGGCCGGACGCAUCUCUGAGGAGUACUUUUCCCAGACUGACGAGGAGAAGAGAGAGGCUCUACCGGUGGUCAUGCCUGUAUUUGACAGGAACACCUGCAGUAUCCCCAAGUCUCAGAUCUCCUUCAUAGACUACUUCAUUACAGACAUGUUUGACGCCUGGGAUGCCUUCGCCAGUCUACCUGGCCUCAUGGAGCACCUGUCAGAGAACUACAAGUACUGGAAGGGUCUGGACGACAUGAAGUGCAAGAGCUUGCGUCCGCCUUCUCCUCCGUGACCCCUCCAUCCCUCCCUCUCUCCCUUCAUCCCUCCAUCCAUCCCUCCCUCUCUCAGGGCAGGGGGAGACAGCGAAUGUAGCCCAGCACUGGUAUUAAGCCUCUCCCACUGUGAUUCUACCCAGCUCCACACACAUUGGACUGUACUGCAGUCUGCAGACCUUAGAGCCUGCAAACCCCAGAGUCUGUAGCUUGGAGCCCUGAGAAGAAACCAGGGGACUGUCAUACUGGCUGACAUAAUGACACCCUAUCCCCUAUGUAGUGGACUACUUCUGACCAGAGCCCCAACCCCAACACAUUUCCCAUCUUUGGUUAUCUGAUGUUGCCUCAAACUACAAAAACAGAUUUCAUACAGAGAAUCAUUAUGAUGCUCAUUGCUAAAUUUAGCAUGGGGGGCUCUGGUCAAACAUACAUGCACUACAUGGGGAAUAGGGUAACAUUUUAGAUUUGCCCUCUGAGGCUGAAGCCAGCCUCUUCAGACCCCUCUCGGGUCCCUGUUGGGCCCCUAAUUGGACUCUACAGUCCUCCUUAUCAUCUGUCCCAGCCUGAGGGGUGAGGACCUACCAAUCAGUCCCAGCCUGAGGGGUGAGGACCAACCAAUCAGUCCCAGCCUGAGGGGUGAGGACCAACCAAUCAGUCCCAGCCUGAGGGGUGAGGACCAACCAAUCAGUCCCAGCCUGAGGGGUGAGGACCAACCAAUCAGUCCCAGCCUGAGGACCUACCAAUCAGUCCCAGCCUGAGGGGUGAGGACCUACCAAUCAGUCCCAGCCUGAGGGGUGAGGACCAACCAAUCAGUCCCAGCCUGAGGGGUGAGGACCAACCAAUCAGUCCCAGCCUGAGGACCAACCAAUCAGUCCCAGCCUGAGGGGUGAGGACCAACCAAUCAGUCCCAGCCUGAGGGGUGAGGACCAACCAAUCAGUCCCAGCCUGAGGGGUGAGAGGACCAACCAAUCAGUCCCAGCCUGAGGGGUGAGAGGACCAACCAAUCAGUCCCAGCCUGAGGGGUGAGGACCAACCAAUCAGUCCCAGCCUGAGGGGUGAGGACCAACCAAUCAGUCCCAGCCUGAGGGGUGAGGACCAACCAAUCGGUCCCAGCCUGAGGGGUGAGGACCAACCAAUCGGUCCCAGCCUGAGGGGUGAGGACCAACCAAUCGGUCCCAGCCUGAGGGGUGAGGACCAACCAAUCAGUCCCAGCCUGAGGGGUGAGGACCAACCAAUCAGUCCCAGCCUGAGGGGUGAGGACCAACCAAUCAGUCCCAGCCUGAGCGGUGACGACCAACCAAUCAGUCCCAGCCUGAGGGGUGAGGACCAACAUGCUACAAACCAACCAACUGCACUUUAGCAGCUCAAAGUCACUUUCUCAAAAUCUUUUAUUUUUCCUGUCUGUUUUUCUGCUCUCUUCUCUCAGACAAGAGUCUGCUGUUUCUUCUCAUACUGUACCUUUCUGUCUCUCUACUGUAGUAUGUAGUACUGCUGAGAUGGGUACCAAAGCUUCAUUAUACUGUGACUUCUACAGCUGAAAGAGGAGAGAUCACGGAAUGAUUACAGAACUAAAGCAUGUAGAGAGAAAUCAGUCCACUCCAGCACAUGCACACUGUACUCGCUCUUCCAACUAAACAGACAACUGUAAAUUGUAACUCCGCUUACCUUGUUCUCUCGCCAGCUGAAAGUAUUAAGGAAUAUUGAGCUCUGAUAAGCCCUGUCAGGCAGAAUCAUACAGAGGUGUGUGUGCGUGUGCGCGCGUGUUUGUGUGUGUUUGGCAGCAGCCCCAGUGCAGUCACAGGUCUGUGUUCGCUCCAUACCUAGGAGGUUUACAGAGCAGAGCCCAGCUGAACUGACUGCUGCAAUAUCUCUCUCUAUGGGGGAGAACCAGAGCUCUGUGCAGAGAGCCAUGCCUCACAUGCAGCUAGCUCACCAUUAGGCUCCCCUCUGGGGCUAGAACCAGCCCUCACUCAGCCCCUCUGGAACUCUGCUCCACAUGGCUCUUAAAAGAUAACUAUCCUGUCAACACUGGGGCUUAGUGGGAACAGUAUUAGAACAGAAUUACAACACUAUUAGCGACAAGUGGGAGAAAAAUAACACUAUAUUAAGUACUGUUGAUCUUCAAUUAUAAACCAAAUAAGAAGUGAAUUAUCUGACCUACAGUAGGCCAAGUGUAAUAUUUAUGACAGCUUGCAUUGAAGCUAAUCAUAAUUCAUUACUUAAAAAAGGUCAUAAAGUUCCAGUACAUCCAUUUAAAUAUCAAAGGCACAUGUUUUAUUUAUUUAUUUAAUUUAACCUUUAUUUAACUAGGCACAUUGAUGUGGACACAUACUGUAGAUAAUUGUAAUCUCCAAAUAUGAAGGAAACAAAUGAUAGUAUCGCAACAUGAGAGCAGUGGCUAAGCAAGUUAAUAUUCCAAGCACAACCAACCCAUUGAUUUCUAACUUUCCAGUUACUCUCUGGUGUGCAGUGCAGUUGUACAGUCGUGGCCAAAAGUUUUGAGAAUGACACAAAUAUACAUUUUCACAAAGUCUGCUGCCUCAGUUUGUAUGAUGGCAAUAUGCAUAUACUCCAGAAUGUUAUGAAGAGUGAUCAGGUUAAUUGCAAUUCAUUGCAAAGUCACUCUUUGCCAUACAAAUGAACUGAAUCCCCCAAAAACAUUUCCUCUGCAUUUCAGCCCUGCCACAAAAGGACCAGCUGACAACAUGUCAGUGAUUCUCUCAUUAACACAGGUGUGAGUGUUGAUGAGGACAAGGCUGGAGAUCACUCUGUCAUGCUGAUUGAGUUCGAAUAACAGACUGGAAGCUUCAAAAGGACGGUGGUGCUUGGAAUCAUUGUUCUUCCUCUGUCAACCAUGGUUACCUGCAAGGAAACACGUGCCAUCAUUAUUACUUUGCACAAAAAGGGCUUCACAGGCAAGGAUAUUGCUGCCAGUAAGAUUGCACCUAAAUCAACCAUUUAUCAGAUCAUCAAGAACUUCAAGGAGAGAGGUUCAGUUGUUGUGAAGAAGGCUUCAGGGCGCCCAAGAAAAUCCAGCAAGCACCAGGACCGUCUCCUAAAGUUGAUUCAACUGCGGGAUCGGGGCACCACCAGUACAGAGCUUGCUCAGGAAUCACAGCAAGCAGGUGUGAGUGCAUCUGUACGCAAAAUACUUUUGGAGGAUGGCCUGGUGUCAAGAAGGGCAGCAAAGAAGCCACUUCUCUCCAGGAAAAACAUCAGGGACAGAUAUUCUGCAAAAGGUACAGGGAUGGGACUGCUGAGGACUGGGGUAAAGUCAUUUUCUCUGAUGAAUCCCCUUUCCGAUUGUUUGGGGCACCUGGAAAAAAGCAUGUCCGGAGAAGACAAGGUGAGCGCUACCAUCAGUCCUGUGUCAUGCCAACAGUAAAGCAUCCUUAGACCAUUCAUGUGUGGGGUUGCUUCUCAGCCAAAGGAGUGGGCUCACUCACAAUUUUGCCUAAGAACACAGCCAUGAAUAAAGAAUGGUACCAACACAUCCUCUGAGAGCAACUACUUCCAACCAUCCAGGAACAGUUUGGUGAAGAACAAUGCCUUUUCCAGCAUGAUGGAGCACCUUGCCAUAAGGCAAAAGUGAUAACUAAGUGGCUCGGGGAACAAAACAUCGAUAUUUUGGGUCCAUGGCCAGGAAACUCCCCAGACCUUAAUCCCAUUGAGAACUUGUGGUCAAUCCUCAAGAGACAGAUGGACAAACAAAUUCUGACAAACUCCAAGCAUUGAUUAUGGGCUGCCAUCAGUCAGGAUGUGGCUCAGAAGUUAAUUGACAGCAUGCCAGGGCGGAUUGCAGAGGUCUUGAAAAGAAGGGUCAACACUGCAAAUAUUCACUCUUUGCACCAACUUCAUGUAGUUGUCAAUAAAAGCCUUUGACACUUACGAAAUGCUUGUAAUUAUACUUCAGUAUUCCAUAGUAACAUCUGACAAAAAUAUCUAAAGACACUGAGGCAGCAGACUUUGUGAAAAUGAAUAUUUGUGUCAUUCUCAAAACUUUUGGCCACGACUGUAGGAGUACAUUAUAUUUUCCAACUGCUUCUUGUCCCUCCUGUGUCCCCAUAGCGUGUUGCUGGUCCGUUAUGAUGUAGCAUGGCAGUGUGGUCUGAGCAGAGCCACCUCACAGCAGCCUGAUGAAACCACCAUGGGAGAGACACAGCAUGAAAGACUUGGAUGGCUCUGGCUCAAACUAUUCCCUAUGUAGUGCACUACUUUUGGGGCAGAGAUGUAUGUGGUGAGAAACACUGGCACACUUAGCUUUUGGGGCUUAAACAGUUGCAUCUUAAAUGCACCCUAUUGCCUUUAAAGUGCAGUACAGAAUGGUAGUGUGUUCUAUGGGGACAUUUUAGAUUGACCUGGGCUUUGGAUCCUCUCUAGGAAAAGAGACCAUCAGGCCUCUACUGCUGCUUGGUUCUGUUGGGUUUUCAACUCCGACUCUGCUAUUAAAACAAUAUUGAAAAUGACAUUAUCAUCCCCUUCCUGUCAUCUAAAACACAUUACUGUGUAGUGGUCUCCCUCCAUUGGUUGGCAGUGGGAAAUGCAGUUCCAAUAAUGUCCUUGUGCAGCUACACAGUAGACAUACAAGACAGGCAGUCAAAGGCAUAGCCUGCUGGAAGUAGGGGUGCUGAGGGUGCUGGUGUCUCCCCUGAAAAAUCAGAUAUUAUUAAAAAAAAUAAUACUAAUUACAGAAGUAGUGCACUGGGCCUUUACUAGUCCUAUAAUUAUCAGACCGAUAUAUGUAGCGUGUUUGUAGUCUGUAGCGCGUGCCCCUCCAAAAUAUUCUAUGACACCCCCCCAAACAUCUUCCUGCAGCUAUGGUCAGAUGUGUUAUGAAUGGGUGGUAAGUUCCGAGUUCAAAGUGCUUGCGCAUUCCUGCAUGUGUGUAUAUUCAACCAAGAGAAACUAAACUGGGGUACGUAGUUAACCGAAGGAACAGUGAUCUUCUUCAAGGUGCCUUACUUUGCUCCUCUCCUCUGAAACAGUGUUCCUUCAGCUUCAAAUGGUUUGUUUGGCUUCAAAUGGUUUGUUUGGAUUCAAAUGUUUUGUUUGGCUUUCAAAUGGUUUGUUUGGCUUCAAAUGGUUUGUUUGGCUUCAUGUGGUUUGUUUGGAUUCAAAUGGUUUGUUUGGCUUCAAAUGGUUUGUUUGGCUUCAUGUGGUUGAUUUAGCUUCAAAUGAUUUGUUUGGUUUCAUGUGGUUUGUUUGUUUGGGUUAGUGAGUAGCUGAACAAAGCCACUAAGCCAGAGUAGGCCUAUUUUACUUUAGAAUUUUAACCUGGCUCACGUCUCACAUUCCUCAACUCCUCGUUCUCUGGUUGGUCAGAGUAUCACAGUAUAUUAAUGUCCCAAAUGGCACCCUAUUCCCCAUAUAGUGACAAAUGAAGUGUGCUUUGUGGGGAACAUGGUGUCAUUUGAGACUGACCCUCGACAGCUGAACACUACAGGUAUUAUGGAGAGAACAGUGUGUUUGACAAUGACUGUAUGCUAGUUUCAGAACAUGGUAAGACAAAUGCCUUAAAACCUCUUCCCAUUGCUCACUCUGUCAAGGCUUUCAUAGUUUCACUGAUAUACGACACUGGAAACUACCUAGCUACUGCUGACUUCAACAACCCACUAUGUAGUGUCCCAUGGACUGUCCAUUGAGCUUCAUCUAUUUUUAAUAGAACAAUGUUUUUUAUUGACUUUUGUUUCAGUUGUUCAGCUAGAUGUGUUCAGAUCUGAUGUCACCCUCAUGCUUCACCUCCUUUCCUCUCUUUUCCCCCCAAAACAAACCGUUUCAGCUGAAGUGAGAGCAUGGCUGACAUCUACUGUGAUGUCAUGUUAACCAGGCUCUGUCAUUGGUCAGAGACUGGCAUCAAUGGAUACGGAGAACGUGCCAAUCUGUUUCCUUCAGAACAACCAAUAGGAACUCAACAAGCGUUAAUGUAUACAAGCUCUAUUUUUUAAAGUCAUUAUUCAUUGUUUUGUCAUUAUUGGCCGUGAAAAGGCAACUGUAAAGUAUAAUGGUAAUGUUUUAUGUAUUUUGGAAGGAUUUUAUGGUUUGAGGCUUUAGUUGUUUAUAAAGCUGCUCUGGUUGGAUCCUCCAGAGUUGAGUGGAUAUGAUUUCAGUCUUUUGUGGUCUGAUUUUGGUUCUCUUUGUCAAUACUUUUUAAAUGUAUUAGUGACAAACAAUAAACAUGUUUAAAAUAUA